AUGAGAAUAUGGUACAGGAAUGAAGCAAAAGAGCAAGUAUUAGCAAAUUUGGCUAAUUUUGCUUAUGAUCCUAUUAAUUAUGGAUACAUGAGACAACUCCAAAUAAUAGAUUUAUUUCUUCAUACUUUAUCAGAAGAUAAUUUAAAAUUGAUACGUUUUGCAGCAGGUGGUAUUUGCAAUGUAAGUACUGAUCCAAUAAAUAAAUUGUACAUUUUACGUAACCAAGGUAUACAACUGCUGACAUCACUACUUACUUCUCAAGACGAAGAUAUCAUACUGUCAGUACUUACUAGUUUAAUAUUCUUAAUUACACAUGAAACUAAAAAUGAAAUAACAGCUGAAACAAUUGAGAAGAUAUCUGAUCUAUCAAAUCAUGAAAAUAAUCAUGUUCUAAAAAAUGUAAAAAUUGGUGAUAAGGUAUCAGUUUAUAAAAAAGUUACAAAAGAUGAUAUAUUAAAUUUUGCUAAAUUAACUGGUGAUUACAAUCCACUACAUGUUGAGUCAUCAAACAACCUUGUUCAUGGUGCUCUUCUUAAUGGCUUAGUGUCAGGAGUACUUGGUACAAAAAUACCAGGUCCAGGAACCAUAGUAGUUGAACAAAAUCUUAUAUUUCCAGCACCAUGUUAUGCUGAUGAUAUAAUAGAAAUAGAAGUGCAAAUUGUUUCUACAAGAAAAAUUAUGAAAUAUAAAAUGUAUCCAGCACUUUUACUACUAGUCCUUUACUUUUCAUCUGCAUUUGCAGAUAAUGAAACUAAACCAAAAACUCUAAAUAAUACUCUUAUAAUUUCAACUACUGAGUCUCCAAUUGGUUGUGUUUGUGGAAUUUUUUUAAGUAGACAAUUUAAAAAGGAUAGUAAAGAACCACCUAUAGGAAAUCCUGCUGUUGUUUAUGAUCAGCCUCAAACAUUUUUCUGUACUCCAAUUGGGAAUAAACUUUGUACAAAUAAAUGUUUGGAAACAAUUGUUAAAUACCUUCCAAACAGUCCUAAAAUAAUUUGUAGUUCAAUAGAACAUGAUUGUUACAAAGAAAGGGCAUACUUAUUUAUUAAAAACUGCAAAAGUGGAUGGAUUAAUACAAAUCUCUCUGCUGGAAGAGAAUACUGCUGUAAGGAUGGCACAUCAUAUAAAUGUCCAAUUUAUUAA